AUGUUCACUGAACAAGGAACCUACUGUUGGACAGACAUUCUAACCUCACUUGUUGCACAGUACAAUGGACGAGUUCAUAGAACAAUAGGUAUGCCACCAGCUGAUGUGCAGAAGAAGCAUGAGAAAGUGCUACUCAACCGACUCUGUAAACAGCAUCAAGCCUAUCGAGAAGAGUUGCAGAAGAAGAAUGCAGAGUGUAGAGGUAGGUUCUAUCCAGGUCCUCAUCAGGAUAUUGUGCCAGGUGAUGAGGUGAGAAUCAGCAAGUAUAAAAAGAUGUUUGACAAAGGAUAUCUAGCCAAUUGGACAAAUGAACUGUUCACAGUAAGAUGUGUGCGACCUACAGUGCCUGUAACCUACGAAGUGGAGGACUAUAGAGGUGAACCCAUUGAAGGAGAAGACAAAAGUGCCCAAAGUUUUCGAAAUUGA